AUGCAAAGUGCCCCGCCUGACAAUGCAGUUACCUACAAAUUGGUCGUCGUUGGCGAAGGUGGAGUUGGCAAAUCGGCCUUGACUAUUCAAUUUUUUCAAAAAAUGUUUGUCGAAGAUUACGAUCCAACGAUUGAAGAUAGUUAUAUUCAACAUGUUGAGGUCGAUCGGCAAGUGUGUGUCCUUGAUGUUCUUGAUACAGCUGGUCAAGAAGAAUUUUCUGCUUUACGUGAACAAUAUAUGCGUAAAGGUGAUGGCUUUCUUAUUGUUUAUUCUGUGAUUGAUCCAAAUUCAUUUAAAAAUACACGACAAUUCUACAAUCAAAUCCUUCGAGUUAAAGACAGAAAGUCGUAUCCAAUGAUACUUGUCGCAAACAAAAUCGACUUAGUUCAUUUACGAAAAGUGUCGGAAGAAGAAGGUCGUGAGUUAGCGGCUGAACUACAAAUUCCAUAUAUCGAAACAAGCGCCAAAGUCCCGCCAGUCAACGUCGAUGCUGCGUUUCACGAACUUGUUCGCGCCAUUCGAUUACAAAACCAAACUCAAAAUCCAGUUAAAAAGAAACGAAAAAAACGUCGAUAUUUAAGUCGAUGUCGUUUAAUGUAA